AUGUGGGUUGGUGGGUUUGAGGUUCUCUUGCAGCACGGAGCCAUGUGCAGCUGGAUUCGGCUCCAGUCGGGGUUCUCCAGCCGACAGACACGGGAGAUAGUGAGGUCAGAGGUGGAGGGGGACUGUCCUGGGACCUGUCUGAGUGUGUGUGGGGGAGACAGACAGGCUGGCUCUGCUGCUGUGAAGGAGGGGGGAGUCAGAGGCUUCACGGACCCCCCCAGGUCUUGUCUGCCCGCUCCGCCUGCCUCGGGCGAGAGUUUAGAUGGAGCCUUGUGUGUGCCAGACAUCAAACUUCACAGCAACCCCUCUGCAUUCAAUGUCUACUGCAAUGUGCGGCACUGUGUGUUGGACUGGCAGCAGAGAGAGGCCUCUCUGGCAUUGGCUUCCAGAAGCUCAGUGCAAAGUGGUGAUUCUGAUAGUGAAGAGGAGGAAGAGUAUCGUGAGCCCGCAUUCAAGCUCCCAAAGAUUAUUGGUAUUGGUCUUUGUGGUGUAUUCGAACUAAUAAAGGAGACAAGGUUCUCGCACCCUUCGCUGUGUCUGCGUAGCCUACAGGCUUUGUUGGAUAUGCUUCAAGGACAACAGCCAGAGGGCUUUCAAACUGAGCCCCCUGAUGUACUAGAGUCGUUAUUUCAACUGUUGCUGGAGACCACUGUACGGAGCACAGGCCCCAAUGACCCCACCGGCCAAGCAAUCACUGCGCUGUCGUGUGCCUGCCUCUUCAGUCUGGUCGUGUCUUGGGGAAACACUGGAAAAACCCUUCAGGCUGUCUCUGCAAUCCUUACAAACAAUGGGAGCCAUGCUUGUCAGACCAUACAGGUGCCCACUAUUUUGAAUGCAUUGCAGAGAAGUGUGCAAGCUGUGCUGGUGGGGAAGAUUCAGAUCCAGGAUUGGUUCAGUAAUGGUAUCAAACGUGCAGCCUUGAUGAACAAAUGGGUACUAAAAGAGGUCACCAUAGAUGAAGAUGAGCGAUGUCUUCUUCAGACGGAUGGAUCCUUCUUAUAUUUACUCUGCAAAGAUGGCCUCUACAAAGUUGGCUCUGGCUACAGUGGGACUGUUAGGGGUCAUGUGUACAAUUCCACUUCUCGCAUUCGAAAUCGUAAGGAGAAAAGAUCAUGGCUGGGUUUUGCUCAGGGCUUCUUGUUAUACCGUGACACUAGUAAUCACAGUUUAUCAGCUCUUAAGAUCAACCCUGAAACUCUGGAGCAUGAGGGGACUGUCUCUAUGCCAGGACAACAUUCAGAUGGACAGAACAUCAUCUUUACAGAUGGAGAGUAUAUUAACCAAAUUGCUGCCUGCAAAGAUGAUGGUUUUGUAGUACGGAUCUAUACAAUGAGCAUAGACCCGACACUGCAGCAAGAACUACAGCUCAAGCUUGCAAGAAAAUGUCUGCAUGCAUGUGGAAUUUCACUUUUUGACCUAGAAAAGGAUUUGCACAUCAUAAGUACAGGCUUUGAUGAAGAGGCAGCACUUAUUGGAGCUGGCAGGGAGUUUGCUCUCAUGAAAACUGCAUCUGGAAAAAUUUACUAUACAGGAAAAUAUCAAAGCCUCGGUAUCAAGCAAGGUGGACCCUCGGCAGGGAAAUGGGUGGAACUGCCAGUAACAAAAUCUCCCAAAAUUGUUCAAUUUUCUGUUGGACAUGAUGGCUCUCAUGCACUGCUUGUGGCAGAAGACGGAAGUGUAUUUUUUACUGGCUCUGCCAGUAAAGGAGAAGACGGAGAAUCCACAAAAAGUCGCAGACAGCCUAAGCCAUACAAACCUAAAAAGAUGAUCAAAUUAGAAACAAAAACUGCUGUCUACACUGCUUGCAACAAUGGCAGUAGCAGUAUUGUUACAAAGGAUGGAGAACUGUAUAUGUUUGGGAAAGAUGCAAUUUACAGUGACAGCACAUGCCAGGUUACAGACCUGAAGGGACAUUUUGUAACCCAGGUUGCUAUGGGUAAGGCCCACACAUGUGUGUUGACCAAAAGUGGUGAGGUGUGGACUUUUGGUGUCAACAACAAGGGUCAGUGUGGGAGAGACACUGGAGCUAUAAGCCAGGCAGGGAAAGCAUUUGGUGUAGAAAGCAUGGCUACAGCAAUGGAUGAAGACCUGGAGGAUGAACUGGAGGACAAAGAAGAAAAAAGCAUGAUGUGUCAGCCUGGGAUGCAUAAAUGGAAAUUGGAUCAGUGUAUGGUCUGCACAGUGUGUGGUGACUGCACAGGCUACGGAGCGAGCUGUGUCAGUAGUGGGCGUCCUGACAGAGUACCAGGCGGGAUCUGUGGCUGUGGAUCUGGGGAGUCUGGGUGCUCGGUUUGUGGAUGCUGCAAAGCUUGUGCCAGAGAAUUGGACGGUCAGGAGGCAAGACAGAGAGGCAUCUUUGAUGCAGUGAAGGAAAUGAUUCCUCUUGACCUUCUACUAGGAGUUAACAUUGAAGAACACAUCCAAAUCCGACAAGAAGAGAAACGCCAAAGGAUCAACAGACGACACCGACUGGAAGAGGGCCGAGGCCCUCUUGUUUUUCCUGGUCCCAUUUUUAUGAACCAGCGUGAGCAGGCCCUAGCCAGAAUAAGACCCCUUCAGGCACUAAGGCAAAAACGGGACAAGCACAAAGAUGGUAGCAGUGAACGGGGAGAAAAAGAUGCAAGCAAAAUCACUACCUACCCUCCCGGAGCAGUGAGGUUUGACUGUGAGUUGCGAGCAGUUCAGGUUAGCUGCGGUUUCCACCACUCAGUGGUUCUGAUGGCCAACGGGGAUGUGUACACUUUCGGGUAUGGGCAGCAUGGGCAGCUUGGGCAUGGUGAUGUGAAUUCCAGGGGUUCACCAACUUUGGUUCAAGCACUUCCUGGUCCAAGUGUCCAAGUGACAGCUGGUAGUAACCACACUGCUGUUCUUCUAAUGGAUGGACAAGUCUUUACCUUUGGCAGCUUCUCGAAGGGGCAGCUUGGUCGGCCCAUAUUAGACAUGCCCUACUGGAAUGCAAAGCCAUCUCCAAUGCUUAAUAUUGGUGCUAAAUACGGACGAAAAGCUACCUGGAUUGGUGCCAGUGGAGACCAGACGUUUUUGAGGAUUGAUGAGGCCCUUAUUAACUCGCAUGUACUGGCUACUUCAGAAAUCUUUGCAAGCAAACAUAUUAUUGGCCUUGUGCCUUCGUCUGUGUCGGAGCCCCCUCCAUUCAAAUGUUUACUCAUCAACAAAAUGGAUGGAAGCUGUCGUACCUUCAAUGACUCAGAGCAAGAGGAUCUUCAGGGAUUUGGCCUUUGUCUUGAUCCUGUCUAUGAUGUUAUUUGGAGAUUCUUACCUGCCUCCAGAGAAAUGUGGUGUUACAAUGCAGUUAUAGCCGACGCCAGAAUGCCCACGGCCACAGACCUGCAGUCUCGUUGUAGUAUCCUUAGCCCAGAGCUUGCGCUACCUUCAGGGUCGCAAGCUUCAACCACUCGCUCUCAUGCAGCACUUCAUAUUCUUGGCUGCUUGGACACACUUGCUGCAAUGCAGGAGCUAAAGAUGGGUAUCACCAGUGCUGAGGAGGAGACGCAAGCAGUAAUGAAGGUCUACUCCAAAGAGGACUACAGUGUGGUGAACCGCUUUGAAAGUCACGGUGGUGGUUGGGGCUAUUCUGCCCACUCUGUUGAAGCUAUUCGGUUCUGCGCUGAUGCAGACAUUCUGUUGGGUGGUCUGGGAUUGUUUGGUGGCCGAGGAGAAUACACUGCCAAAAUCAAGCUAUUUGAAUUAGGCCCUGAUGGAGGUGAUCAUGAAACGGAUGGUGAUCUACUUGCUGAGACUGAUGUUCUAGCCUAUGAUUGUGCUGCUAGGGAAAAGUAUGCAAUGAUGUUUGAUGAACCAGUACUACUUCAACUGGGUUGGUGGUAUGUUGCAUGGGCUCGAGUGUCUGGCCCCAGCAGUGAUUGUGGUUCCCAUGGUCAAGCUACAAUUACUACUGAUGACGGAGUGGUUUUUCAGUUCAAAAGUUCCAAGAAGUCAAACAAUGGUACAGAUGUAAAUGCUGGGCAAAUACCACAACUACUUUACAGGCUUCCAUCUAAUGAUGGUAAUGCUUCCAAAGGAAAACAACAAACAAGCGAGCCAGUGCAUAUCCUCAAGCGCUCCUUUGCUCGCACAGUCUCUGUGGAAUGUUUUGAAUCCUUGUUGAGUAUUCUUCAUUGGAGCUGGACUACUCUCGUUCUGGGAGUAGAGGAGCUACGUGGGCUGAAGGGCUUUCAGUACACCGCUACCCUGCUGGAUUUGGAGAGACUGCGAUUUGUCGGCACAUGCUGCCUUCGCCUUCUCAGGGUUUACAUAUGUGAGAUCUUUCCUAUUGCAGCCAGCACAAAGGCUGUUGUGGAGGAGUCAAGCAAACUAGCGGAGUGUGUGGGGAAAACACGCAGUCUGUUAAAAAAAAUCCUAUCUGAGGGAAUAGACAACUGCAUAACCAAGCUGGACAAUGACCCUCAGGGGUAUCUGUCCCAGCCACUUACUCUGCUCGAAGCAGUGUUACUGGAGUGCCACAACACAUUCACUGCCUGCUUUCAUUCCUUCUACCCCACACCUGCACUGCAGUGGGCAUGUCUCUGUGACCUGCUCAAUUGUUUAGACCAGGAUAUUGCAGAGGCAAACUUUCGCACUUCUAGUAGUCGUUUGCUUGCUGCCGUUAUGUCAGCUCUUUGUAAUACAUCUGUCAAGCUGACAUCCAUUCUGCCGAUUGCAUACGAUGGUGAAGUGCUUCUCCGCUCACUGGUCAAACAGGUCAGCACAGAGAAUGACUCUGCUUUAGCUCACCGCUUUCCCCUGCUGGUGGCCCACAUGGAAAAACUAAGCCAUACUGAAGAGAAUUUGAUGGGCAUGACAAGUUUCCGGGAGGUGCUUGAGAAGAUGCUGGUGAUUGUUGUGUUGCCAGUAAGAAAGAGCUUGAGAAAAGAGAUCGAGCUUUUCUCCCCACAUUUGGUCUCGAACACCUGUGGCCUACUAGCCUCCAUUGUUUCUGAACUUACUGCCUCAGCUCUUGGCUCUGAGGUUGAUGGGCUGAAUUCGCUUCACUCAGUGAAAGCAUCUCCGAACCGAUUCACCAAGACAAGCCAAGGUCGAAGUUGGAACACAGGAAAUGGCUCUCCAGAUGCAAUCUGUCUGACUGUGGACAAACCUGGGGUUGUUUUAGUUGGAGUCUGUGUCUAUGGAGGAGGAGGCAUUCAUGAAUAUGAGCUGGAAGUGCUGGCCGAUGAUGCUCAGACUGAACAUCCUGGAGAUUCGGCUCAUUCACACCGGUGGACUUCACUCGAAUUGGUUAAAGGAACUUACAGCACAGAUGAUUCUCCCAGUGAUAUUUCUGAAAUACGUUUGGAUAAGGCUGUACCACUGAAAGAAGGGGUGAAAUAUGCAGUUCGAUUGCGAAACUAUGGCAGUCGUACAGCUAAUGGCGAUGGGGGAAUGACCACAGUUCAGUGCUCUGAUGGUGUGUCCUUCACCUUCAGCACAUGCAGUUUGAGCAGCAAUGGGACCAACCAAACCCGAGGACAGAUUCCACAGAUUCUUUACUACAGGAGUGAGUAUGAUGGAGAUCUCCAGUCACAGCUUCUGAGCAAAGCCAACGAGGAAGAUAAAAACUGUGGUCGAGCUCUGUCUGUGGUCAGCGCUGUGGUGAGGGCGGCAAAAGAUCUUCUCCAUAGAGCUUUUGCUGUAGAUGCUGAUGAUAUUCCAGAGCUUUUGAGUUCUUCUAGUUUGUUCUCAAUGCUUCUUCCUCUCAUCUUGGCUCAUAUUGGACCUGUUGCGGCAUCUGUGCCAAAGGCUGCUGUUGAAGUGUUUGGGCUUGUCCAAGAGUUGCUUCCUGCUGUUUCUGCUCUUAACCAAAAAUAUGCUCCACCCACCUUUAAUCCCAAUCAGUCCACCGACAGCACUACUGGCAACCAGCCUGAGCAGGGCCUUUCGGCUUGUACAACCUCAAGUCAUUACGCAGUGUUAGAAAGUGACCAUCCAUACAAGCAAGCUGGUGUCACGCAGUAUAAGGUGUCAUUCCCAGAGUGUGUACGAUGGACUACUGUGGAAUUUGAUUCCCAGUGUGGCACAGCACAGCCAGAAGAUGUUCUCAGACUUCUUAUUCCUAGCCGUGUCCUCCACCUGGCCAGCCUUGGGGGAAAACCACUCAUUCAUGACACAAUCAACACAUGGACUGAACUCAAAAAGUUUUCGGGUUCCACAGGUUGGCCAACAACUGUGCUAGUUUUACCUGGAAAUGAAGUUCUAUUUUCACUUGAAACGGCAUCUGAUUAUGUAAAAGAUGAAAAGGCUUGUUUCUUUGGAUUCAAAUGUAUUGCUGUGGGUUACGAAUUCAACCCUGGGACUGACGAGGGCAUUAUUCAACUAGAGAAAGAGUUGGCUUACUUGGGUAGUGUGUGUGCUGCAGCUCUGAUGAAGAAAGACCUUGCCCUUCCCAUUGGGAAUGAACUUGAGGAAGAUCUUGAGAUUCUCGAGGAAGCAUCUCUUCAGGUGUGUAAGACUCACUCUGGGAUCUUGGGGAAAGGUUUGGCUUUGUCACACUCUCCAACGAUUCUGGAAGCCCUGGAGGGAAAUCUUCCGUUGCAUCUCCAAACCAACGAGCACUCUUUCCUAGAAGAUUUCAUUACCUGUGUACCAAAUUCAAGUGGUGGACGCUUAGCCAGAUGGUUGCAGCCAGACUCGUAUGCAGACCCCCAGAAGACCUCAUUGAUACUAAAUAAAGAUGACAUCCGCUGUGGCUGGCCUACCACUGUUGUUGUACAGACUAAAGACCAGUAUGGGGAUGUGGUUCAUGUACCCAACAUGAAGGUCGAGGUGAAAGCAGUACCAAUGUCACAAAAGAAGUCUGUGCACUCUGAAAAUAUGAAGAAGUUACAAAAACUUCCUGGAGGAUCCUCUCCAUCUUCUGGGCCUGAUCUGACAUUUGGAGGGCUACCCACACCAAAAUUAGAGGCCACAUAUGAACCAAUGAUCGUAAAGGAGGCUCGAUACAUUGCUAUAACCAUGAUGAAGGCUUAUGAAAACUAUUCUUUUGAAGAGCUGCGCUUUGCUUCUCCUACUCCAAAGAGACCUAGUGAAAACAUGCUGAUUCGUGCCAACACUGAUGGGACCUAUAGUGCCAACUGGACCCCUGGAGCUGUGGGCCUCUAUACAAUCCAUGUUACCAUUGAUGGGAUUGAAAUUGAUGCCGGUUUGGAAGUGGAGGUCAAAGAUCCCCCAAAAGGCAUGAUUCCUCCUGGAACUCAGAUGGUAAAACCAAAAUCUGAGCCUCAGCCCAAUAAAGUCCGCAAAUUUGUUUCUAAGGACAGUGCAGGUCUGCGUGUGCGUAGUCAUCCCUCUCUGCAGAGUGAACAGAUCGGCACUGUGCAUGUCAAUGACACUAUCACUUUCAUUGACGAGAUUCACAAUGAUGAUGGUGUAUGGCUCAGACUGAAUGAUGAAACUGUAAAGAAGUACGUCCCGAGCAUGAAUGGCUACACUGAAGCCUGGUGCCUCUCUUUUAACCAGCAUUUGGGAAGAAACCUUCUGGUCCCGACUGACGAGGUCAGGGGCCAGUCUGAGGAGAACAUAAAGGAGGUGAGCCCUUCCCAUGAAGCCCCCAUUCAGGUGGAGGGCAGGGCAGGGCAGAGCGGCGGCCCAGGCCUUUAUAAGGUAGUGAAGACCGGCCCCUCUGGUCACAACAUCAGAAGCUGCCCAAACCUUAGGGGUAUCCCCAUUGGAAUGUUAGUACUUGGCAACAAAGUCAAGGCCGUAGGCGAGGCGGUCAACUCAGAGGGAGCGUGGAUACAGCUGGAUAAGAAUAGCAUUGUGGAGUUUUGUGAAAGUGAUGAAGGAGAGGCCUGGUCUUUGUCAAGGGACCGUGGAGGGAGUCAGUAUCUCAGACAUGAUGAGGAACAAGUUCUGCUUGAGUCACAGACACCACCUCCUAGCCCUUUCUCUGUGCAAGCGUUCAACAGAGCCACAGCCUCAAACGGAGCCCAGGGCUUUGACUAUGGGAUCACCAACAACAAAGGUGACCGGUUGAGUUCCACACUGAAUUCCGUUCAGUCUGGGCCAUUCCUCUCAACAGCUCCCACUUCCUCCAUUUUUGAACAAGCUGCCCAAACUCCCUCUUCCUCUUCCUCCCUUGUCCACAGUCCAUUUGUGUUUGGACAGUCCCCUUCCCAACUGUCUCAGCCACAACCACAGCUUCUCAAUGGUUCAUCUCGCAGCCUUGCUUCUCGUGAGCGUGUGCACAAAAACUCUGUGUCUGUGGCUGGGCAUGGUACUGCUCUCUCAUCUCUUGCUUUAAAACAAAAGGGUGAGCGUGGAAAUCUUAUGUCUGGAGUUAAGCCAAUGUCUCAAUCAUCCAAACACCGACUGGAAAAUCGCUCACCAAAACAGGAGAGCCACGGAAAUCGUGUUUCUGAACAGAACAGAAUGAAGACUGGGGAAGGUUGGCCCUUCUUCCAAAUCUCGUCUAGAUCCUCCCAGAGAAAGAUCCAAGUCAGACUCUUACACUCUGGACCCUGA